GAGGAGGAGCGCAUCCCAUCCCAUCCGAUCCCCAAGCCACGAGGCCCGGCCGACGACGAGGUAUGAAUGCCACCACGUGUGUGCAGAACUCAUUUCCUUGCACCUGCCGGUUUGUUGCCUUGUUCGUCAAAGCAAAAGCUUCUUCCUUCCCGUUCAAUCCACAGGUCUGGCUAGCUACCUCCCGGGCUGCCGCUUCCUUCUUCCCUAAUCGGCUAAUCCCCUUCGCCUGCUCUGCCUCCUUCUGAUUCAGCCCCUUCCUUUCCAUCCUCGUGUCUCCUCUGCUAUGGGCUUCGAUAGACAGGGCUCCCUGCUGGCUCCAAUCGACAUGCUCUUGUUCCUCUCCCAUGGGCAACCAUAGCAUUUGUUCUUCCUCCCACCCCCAAAAUCCCCUCUUUUUUCGCAGUUCUUCGUCUAUCCUCUUCACGGUCUGUUGAAUUAGGUGAAGCUCUCGCAUUUUUCAACGAUUUCUCACCGAUGGGGUGCUUCGCCUUCAGGAGCGGCAAGGGCAGGUCCAAGAGCCAGCCGGCCCCCGGCGCCAAGACGGCGCCGGCCAAGUCGCCCCCGGCGUCCGACUCCUCCGGUGGCGUCGGGCAGAGGAGCAAGGCCUCGUCCGCAUCGGCGUCCACGCCCACCAGGAGCAUCCAGGAGCUGUCCGAGGAGCGGGGCGCGCAGCGGCUGCGGGUGUUCGACCUCGACGAGCUCCAGAGCGCCACCAACGGCUUCAGCCGCGCGCUCAAGGUCGGCGAGGGGGGCUUCGGCUCCGUCUACCGCGCCUUCUUCCGCUCCGCCGGCGGCGGCCGCGUCGUCCUCGCCGUCAAGCGCCUCAACCAGCGCAGCCUUCAGGGUCACAAGCAGUGGCUGGCUGAAGUCCAAUUCCUGGGUGUUCUUGAGCACCCGAAUCUCGUAAAGCUGAUCGGCUACUGUGCAGUGGAUUCAGAAGCAGGCAAUCACAGGCUGCUGGUCUACGAGUUCAUGCCCAACAAGACCUUGGAUGACCACCUGUUCAACCGAGCUCAUCCUCCCCUUUCAUGGAGAUUGAGGCUGCAGAUCAUGAUAGGCGCUGCACGGGGCCUGGAUUAUCUCCAUGAAGGAGUGCCGGAAGUUCAGGUGAUCUACAGGGAUUUUAAAGCAUCCAACAUUCUUCUCGACGCCGAAUUCAAGCCAAAACUGUCGGAUUUUGGCCUGGCAAGGGAGGGGCCGACCGAAGGCAAAACGCACGUCUCCACCGCGGUGGUUGGGACGCACGGGUACGCGGCGCCGGACUACAUCGAGACGGGGCACCUGACGACGAAGAGCGACGUGUGGAGCUUCGGCGUGGUGCUGUACGAGAUCCUGACGGGGCGGCGGUCGCUGGAGCGGAGCCGCCCCGCGGAGGAGCAGAAGCUGCUGGCUUGGGUGCGGCGGCACCCGCCGGACGGCGGCGGGUUCCGGGCCAUCAUGGACCCGCGUCUGGGCGGGCGGUACCCGCUGGCCGCCGCGCGCGAGGUGGCCAGGCUCGCCGACCGGUGCCUCGGCAAGAACCCCAAGGAGCGCCCGGCGAUGAGGGACGUCGUCGAGGACCUCGAGCGGGUGCUGCAGAUGGAGCCCCCGCCGCCGCCCGCCGACAAGAAAGGAGGCGAUGGCAGGCCGCCGCCGUCGGUCAAGAGGUGACGACGGCGUUUGCGUUUGGGGCUGAAACACCGGCGCCGGAUUUUCCAAAUUCCAAGUUUGUUUUUUUUUUCUCUCUCGCAAACACAUGUAUUAAGCAGGAGAGAAAAAAAGUUUGUGUGUAUAUAGAAGAUAGAAGAUUACCCUAUUAUUAUAUAGAGACCAUAAGCGCACCAAAAUAGAAGAUGUUCAGGUUUAAAACAGACAAUUUCUCUAUCAGGAUUCAGAAAGGCUAUACAUAUAUGAAGACAGAUGAAUUGAACAGGCAAAUGCAAAAUUGAUUUAAAUA